GCGCUCGGAUGCGUGAAGCGGCCACGGCGGGGCCAGGGCCGCCCGCGGGCCAUGGAGCUGCCCACGGAACUGGCCACGGAGUUGCCCACGGCUGUUGGCACCGUUUGGGGCAACGGGACCCUCUGGGCUUCCUUGCCCGGCCAUGGGGCCAACGGCACGGGGCCGCAAGGGGCCAAAAACGCCACCUCCAUCCUCAUCGCCAUCGUCAUCACCGCCCUCUACUCCGUGGUGUGCGUGGUGGGGCUGCUGGGCAACGUCCUGGUCAUGUACGGCAUCGUCAGGUACACCAAGAUGAAGACAGCCACCAACAUCUACAUCUUCAACCUGGCCCUGGCAGACGCACUGGCCACCAGCACGCUGCCCUUCCAGAGCGCCAAGUACCUGAUGGAGACUUGGCCCUUCGGGGAGCUGCUCUGCAAAGUCGUGCUCUCCAUUGACUACUACAACAUGUUCACCAGUAUCUUCACCCUCACCAUGAUGAGCGUGGACCGCUACAUCGCUGUGUGCCACCCAGUUAAGGCCCUGGACUUCCGCACGCCAGCCAAGGCCAAGAUCAUCAAUGUCUGCAUCUGGGUCCUCUCCUCCCUCAUCGGGGUGCCCAUCAUGGCCAUGGCGGUCACCAAGUCAAAAGACGGGAUGGUGCUGUGCACUCUCCAGUUUCCCGAUCCUCCCAUCUACUGGGACACCGUGACCAAGAUCUGCGUCUUCAUCUUCGCCUUCAUGGUCCCCAUCUUGGUCAUCACCAUCUGCUACGGACUGAUGAUCCUUCGCCUGAAGAGCGUCCGCCUCCUCUCGGGCUCCAAGGAGAAAGACCGCAACCUGCGGCGCAUCACGCGCAUGGUGCUGGUGGUGGUGGCAGCCUUCAUCAUCUGCUGGACACCCAUCCACAUCUUCGUCAUCGUCUGGACGCUGGUGGACAUAGAUAAGAAGAACCCCUACGUGGUGGCCAGCCUGCACUUCUGCAUCGCCCUGGGUUACACCAACAGCAGCCUCAACCCCGUCCUUUACGCUUUCCUGGAUGAGAACUUCAAGAGGUGUUUCCGGGAGUUUUGCCUGCCUUUCCGAGCCCGUGUGGACCAGAACAGCUUCUCCCGUGCCAGAAACACCACAAGGGAACGGGUCUCCACCUGCACCCCUUCCGAAGCCCGCAACAAGCCGGCAUGACUAGACGUGGGCAGCCUCCAGCGGGGCUGCCGGGGCCACGGAGGGGACGACCUGCGCUCAGAAGUCACCCAGGUCACCACCACGGAGCUCUAGCGCAGAGCGGUGGCCUCAAAGACUUUUUCAUCUCGGAGAACCCAAGAUGGAGGAAUCAGGACUCACCGAGAGAUGUAGGGAGAGGACCAAAACGAGAGGAAACCUGGGUGGAGCUGCUCUGUUGCUGCUCCCACUGCAGACGGGUAGACCUGGCAGCCCCUUGACAAGGGUUGUCACCCUCUUUCAUGUGGCUCUCAGCAAAGCCCAAGCAUCCUGGGACACCACGAUUGCAAUGACCACGUGCUUCUUCUCCUACAUGGGCCAAGACGGCAUCACAGUCUGAGGCAAGAGAGGAAAAGCUCCUGUGGCAGAAGAGGACAGUUCCAGGGGUUGGGACCUCAUUCUGUCCCCCUCUGGGUUGCGUCCAAAAACCAGCCAGAAACGGGAAGAGAAAAUGAUGCCGCUUCAGAGAGAGUGUUAUCAAAGAGCUCCAAAUCCACAGUAAAAAAUUUAGUGGAGUCCUUCAAACCGGGACUGGCCCCCCGAGGACAACUUUCUGCUCUUAAAGUCAUUCCUGUAUUAUUUAGAGACCUCUGACUGCAGCCAGGGCAGCCCUAGACACGGAUGCGAUGCCGGGAACGCGGCCAGGGGACCGGUGGGGAGCAGGGCAUGUCCCGAGCUCACCCCACAUCCACGUGCCGAGGCCAAAUUCUCCCCAGCCCAGCAUCCAUCAGGGUGACGGGGAACCUCUCCUCACCCUUCGGCCUCCAGUGACAUUAAGCUUGAGAAAUAUCUCAUUAAGAGAGCAAUUUGUGGGGACUCGAGGAGUUUCUCGCAGCGCUAAAGCAAUUAGGAUGGACUCACGGGCAGCGCUGAGAGGGCUCUGCCUCCCCUGCCCGUCGGGUGAAGGAUGAGCAACCACACUGCCCACAGUUCCUUCAGCAAAGCCAAAAAGGAGAUGUUGUUGGUUGUUUUUUGAAAUAGAAGAUGGGAAAAGCAUCACCAUGGUUUUGUUAUUCCCCCAAGCAGGGACAGAGGUCGUGUGAAUGCUGAGAAAGGACCCACAGCCUGCCAGAGGCAGAGAUUUGGGGAUCUCACACUCAACGCUCACCUGGAUGGAGCAACCAUCCUUCCGAAGAAGCAGCCGAGCUCCAAAGCAGCACAUCCUGCAGGAGCCACCAGCCAGGGACCUCUGGACCACUUUAUCUGCUGCUAAACGAUGACUGAUGGGUCCUCCUGACCUUCCGCUCCCUGAAUCCCCCCUCACCAGCAUCCACGACUUCCCCUCCCUCUCACCUUCCCACCACCACGGCUGCAACCAGGAGGUCAAACAGGUUGAGGAGGAGGAGGAGGAGGCUGGGAGGAAGCGGUAAUAGCAUUUAGUGGAUAAAUUGAUGCAGCUGGAGGAAGCAGGCGGGCGCCUGGGUGCACCUGGGGCUCGUGGGCUGGAUGGAGAGCCUGGGUUGCGUCUCUGGUUUUUCCAGUUGCAUCAAUUUAGCCUAAUCAAGGCCAUUACCUCUCCUUUCCAGCCCUACCUUUCUCCGGAGCCCGUGGAAAUUGCAGCUUCCCCGUUAGGAAAGCAGAGCUGACGAGGCAGCCAAACCCCAUUUCUUUUUUUCAAACAAACCAAAAAGGGUCAAAUUGCCCAUUCGGGUCUCAAAUGAAUCGUGCGAACGAUCUCCUCGUCCACCCGCUCCGUGUCCCCCCACCUCUUGCUCGGUGUUACAUCAGCCCAGACGUCUCCAUCUCCCACCCAGGGCUCCUCGGGAUCCUUUUGCGAGCACAGAUGGAGUCCUGGACCACCAGCAGGACCACACGUGGUCUCCUCAUCCUCUGCUGACACAAGCCUGGCUGCUUGUGGAGCAUCAGGUGUGGGAGAGUGAGCAGGAUCAGCUCCAGAGCAGGAAUUGGGGGAAAAAAAACCCAGGGUCCUACGAGGCUGAGCUUCAGCUCCAUGAGAAGAGAGACCAAGGUGUCCAGAAGGAGUUGGAGACCACUCUUCAGCUCUCCACCUCCACCCACCCUGUGGGCAAACCCCUG